AUACCAGCACGACCCGCUUUUCAAAUAAUUGCCAUUGUUUAACUGAUAUUGGUCUAAUGGCUCUAGACUAGGUUGGAUUUCAUUUUGUUUAUGAAAGACGGGAUUAGUAACAGUAAUUGUCUCGUGAUAACGCUUUCCGGGGCCCAUGCACCCAACUAGUAUGAUGAUUAUAUAUAUGCUGUAAUUUUCCCGAGUCACAUUAAAAGUCUGUGAUAUGUCUAGCCGAUCGCGUCAAAGGCGCAAGCGUUUUAUCAGUGGGAGCACUUUGGAUGAGACCUCUUCUUGUCGUGCAAAGAAAAUGCUUAUAAGUACUGUACAUCAUUCCAAGUCACAAUGUAAUGAGCAGCAUACUUCUUUACCAUCUUCACCAAAUUCUCCUUUUCUGGAUUCCGCAAAUAUGCUAUUCCACAAUUCUGAUAUCGGCUUGGGCACUUAUGUUAAUCGAAAGGAUAUUCCUGGUGAUCGUUCUGAUCCUGUUGAAGAUGAGAAUUCAUUUCCCUCAAGCAUGUUUUCUGAAAAGCUUGUACAGCCCGGACUAAAUCUGGUUCCUGAACCUUCAUCAACAAACGAACAUGAUUCUGUAAGCCACAAAAAUUCCUCUGUUCCUAAUAAAAGUUUAUUAAAUUCCCGUCCGAGUACUAUACUGGAUGCUGAAUCCGAUAUCAACCUAGAUAGAAUGUUGAUUCAGAAUGAAAGAAUGGUUUUAACGCCAACUCCAGUGGCAACAGACGAUCCUGGCAGUUCCGAAGGGGAGUAUGAAAAUGAAAGUCGAGAAUCAACUUUGCAUCAAAAUAAUCCUUCAGUUCGUCAUACCGCCUCAAGGAAUAUGACCAGUCAGUCUGGUUUGGUUAGUGUUCCGUCUAACCGAACUUUGGAACUUGUUGAAUCCGAGUCACAGGGAAGUAUAUAUUCCGACUCAGUUAAGGUUUCCGUUUUCGAUACAAUAUCUCAGUCUACAGAAUGCAGUUCUACUAGGUCUGGGAACUUGUCAGCACUGAACUCGACUUUAACCAAACCAAGUGGAUUUGUGGAGUCAUCAACGCCGAAUUGUUUCGUUGCACUGGUGAAUUGUAGUCCUCCACUUCAAAUUCUAUCCAGUCAGAAAAUGCAUAAAACUGUUAGUUGUCAUCGGACUACCACUUUUUCUGAAUCUUCAGUUUUACCAAAUAUGGAGAAUAUUGAGUAUCAUGAUUCUUCGGGUAGUAAUGGGAUGAUUGUAACGUGUGGUUCUCAUCGCUCUCACAGGAGCGCAAAUGGAAGUCCCUAUAAAAAAGAAGCUGAAUCAAUAAAACAAAAUCCCUGUAGUUUCGAAAAUCAACCUCAUAACUUUCAUCCAACAAUAAACGUGAACGACUUUUCAAGAGAAGCUCAACAUAAGGUUCUACUAAGGUCAGAGUCACUGUCAUCUUCAGUUUCAAUCAGUAAUAACAAUUUUCUCCCUGAUAAAUUUCAACUGACACAAAAGUCUGAUGAUAUCUCUACAUUUCCUUCUGACCACAUUUUCAUCAUAACUAUUCCGAAUUCUUCUGAGGUACCACCUACUUUUGUUAAGACAUGCAGAGAUUCUGAAAGUGGUUUCUUCGAUACUCCCACGUCUCAUAAUGUAAAUAAUAUCCCAAGUCCAGAAGUCGGUCACAGCUAUCCUCUCCGAUCCCGCCUGCGACAGGCAUCCUUGCGAUUGCAGUGGCAAGCCAUGCAAGUAGCUCCAAAGUCAUUUGGGCAAUUACCUACAGAAGUUGUGUUUCGCAUUAUCCAGUAUUUGAGCGUGCAAGAUGUAUUCCGCCUUCAGCGUGUUAACCACCGGUUGAAAUCUAUUAUUGAGCAGUAUCUUCUACUGGUUAAGCGCAUUAAUUUUAGUAAUGGUCUCCCGUUCGCAUUCUUACCAGAUUCAAUCACAGAUAUAGCUCUGAAACGCAUGCUAAGCCGUACGCCAGAAGUCACACAUAUUCUUGGCUUUUAUCCUCGUAAAAUAGCAGAAUCUUAUCCAUCCGACGGACAAUACUCGAACAUAAGUUCUGGUCAUAAUACAUUAACCUACGGUGGGAUCAUCACAGCCUUUCGUCUUUGUCCGAAACUCCGCUCAGUUGAACUGAUGGAUGUCGAGUUGAUGAGUGAGUUGGUUCGACAUCUCCCGCGCAUCAAAUUUCACGGCAUGUUUCGAAACCGCCCAGAUUCUUGGGAUUGUGAAUACGCAGUUCCUCUGCCACCCGAACCGAAUGCUGAAACUAUUUCAAUGGAUAGUGACCAUGACUCUAUGACAAGCCUCCCAAAUUCACGUGACGAGUCCCAUGUCGACUCAAAAUCCAAGCCUCUUUUUGGCAGUUUUAUUAGCACGUUAUUUUGUUCCGCGACUGCUGCUUUAGCGCUGGGAAGUAGUCGUGGUAAGCGAAAAAAUGUAAAUCGUUUAAAAUCUAAAAGCCAAACAGGAUGUGGAUGUUCCAUCCAGUCAUUCCAAUCUCUAAAUGCAGCAUUUUCAUUUCCAUUAUGGAAGAAUGAAAACAGUCAAUCACUUACACAGAUGACCGCACAAUCAGUCCAUAAGGUUGCUUUGCGUCAUGCGAAUUUCGCAAAUUGGUUUGAACCUAUCGGUGAGUUGCCUCUUGGCCAAGGUUCACCUUCUACAGUGCCUCACUUUCUUCCAUCUCGGCUGUUCACUGCAUUUAAUGGUGGUCCUAGUUUCCCUCCCGCGCACGAGAAUAUCCCAAAUAAUUCUGUCCCACCUAUGGGGCAGGACUGUUACUCCAGUGCCGUGGAAUCUUUACGCAAUUUAGCUGUUUCACAUUUUCUGCAACCUGGUUUGCCACCCAUUGAAGCCGAGCUAAUUGCUGUGGCUCCUUUUGGCUAUUCUCGAUGUUCUUUACAUGGUGUAGGAUCUAGUCGAAACAGCAUUCGUAAUGCUCACGGUCCAGUCUUAGCAUUUGCCUUCGGGGCUAUAUUCGUCCCUCCACAAGGAGUUUCGCCGUUCAUUUUGCCAUCCAAUAACGCGUCAAACUGCCGCUUUAUCGAUGCAAGACAGUAUAAUGCCGUCCUAUUGGGAGCUAACUUACUGCGCGGAGCACAAGGACCUCAUCUUGCGUUUGAGCGUAUAUUCAACUUCCCGCAAAAUGUUAAUCAAAAUAAUGUUCCACGUCAAGUUCAGCUGCAUGAUCAAGUAGGAGGGCGAAACCAACAAAGACAGCACCCUCAACGUUUUCGUCGACCACGUACAAGCAUAACAAGCUUGAAUGCCUCCGGUCCAUGGUUGGUCUCCCCAUUUCCCAGUCAACUGCAGUGGAUUAUUUUACCUCAUGCUAUUACAAAUCUAACCAAAUUAGAUCUAGUUUCUGUCGCAAUUAGCGCUAUUCCACGACUGGACAAUAUUAAAUAUCUACAUCUUAAAUGGGUUGUAUUCGCUUCAGCUGAUCCAUUCUUCAGUUUUUUGGCACCGAAAUUGCAAUCAUUUGUCAUGAACAACUGUAGUACACCAUCAAGAGUUGUUCGAUUUGUUCGUAUUUUCUCGGCUCUUUCACGGGCUCCUCAGCUUACACGGCUUGAGUUGGUUGGUACACGCUUCAUUGAUGGUCUAAUUGGACACAUAAUUGAUGACAGUAUGUCACACGGGCGUGGAUUUCGUAAUCUUCAGCGUUUGGUGCUUUCUAGCAACAAAGAUGCAUCUGAAGUAGAUAUUGGAUUGCUUCUGCUGGCUGGUCAACAGUCUUUGAAUCAAGUAGCUCUCCAAAUGCUUCAUACACGAAAUUCAUUAUUUGAAGGUCUUUAUCAUGCCGGUGCCGAAUUUCCACGUCUUGAAAGUCUUACUCUUGGUUAUUUAGAUCCUUACCAGUCACGUUUAACAGUUUCUGAAUUGAUGAGUUUAGGUAUUGGGGAAUCAUCUGAUCAUUUGUCACCUAUUUGUAUGGUAACCGAUUGGGGUAUAGCGCUUGCAUUUUUCAUCUGUCCUCGACUCGUAAAUAUUGUCAUUCGAAAUGCACCAUAUUUAAAUGAUAUAGCACGAUGGUUUUCUGCUGGAUUUUGCGAUGAAGAAUCACUACACAUUCGACCGACAAUUGUACCUUCAUCAGCUAGCGAGGAUUGUACUCAACCAGCUGCCGACUGUCAAGAAAAUUCUACACAAACUUGUGUAACAGACAAACCUUCAAAAACCUAUUUCUUACCUCUACGAUCACUAACAUUGGAAAACUGUCCUGGGAUAUCACUUGAAAAUCUUGAACGUGUUUUGAUUAGCGGACAUCCUUUCCCAUGUUUAGAAACUGUCGUCUUAAGAAAUAUGUUUGCGCCUCAAUACGGUGAGAGCAAAGGCUUCAUGAAUACACCGCAUCUUUUUGUUGAUCAACAUGAUCAAUGUGUUACCGGACAAUGUAUAGAUUGGCGUAAACUUGUUCACCUUUUGUGCUUAUCAGAUUUAUUAAGUACUCGUCGACUGGGCUAUUCUCCUUUAUCACCCGAAGACUGUAUUGGCUUAGGUGCAUCCGUUCGAGAAGUAAUUCAUAUGAAUCCACCACGUGGUUUUCUACCAGAUUCUUUACGAACAAAACCACAUGAUUUGUUUUGUUCACUUCGAGCUCACACCUACUUGAAUAAUCUGUUGGAAUUAGACGGUUCCUGCGGUUGGUCAGUGUCAGCACCGACCAGAGUGAUUAAAACGUUGUUUUCACACAACAUACAUAUCCCAGUGUCAGAUGUUCCCGAACGAUAUUCCAGUAAACCGGAUGAUGAUAAUGAUUUUAUGUCUCGUUCCACACAAACAUGCAUUUGCGGUGUAUUAGAAUGGGAUGUUACUCUAAGAAUGUCACAGUCACAAUUGGCUACUGAUCAAAAAAUUGUGAGAAGUAAACUUGUUUCUCCUGACAACUCAAAAAACAAUCAAAAUUGCCUCAAUGUACGUAUUGACACCGAAACUAGUCGAAAUACUGUUCCAAGUACCAGUUCACACUCUGGAAAGACAUUACUGUUACGUUCAACAGUAAAUCAAAAUAACGCUUCUACUCCAAUAGCAUCUCAAUUGCAACUUGGUGGUUCUUUAGCAUUUCAUCCUUUUCCUCCGUCGAUUCAGCAUAAAAAUUUCUAUAGGAUGAUUACUAUGUCAGAAUGGAAUGAAUUGAUUGCCAAGAUGUCCACACCAUUUGGUCUUCCGUGUUGUCAGAUUAUUUACCCUGUGACUGGUUCAAACGAGUGCUCAGGGUGUGCUUCUGAUCCACUGCUUUUUUCUCAGGGUAUUUCAAACUAUCAAAUAUCUGCUCCUUGUAAAUUAAUCAAACAGUCUAGUCACACUGCUACAAAAUGGUUAGCUCGUGAUGCAUGUAUAGAUACCAGUGAAUUAAGAUGUUUUACAUUGCCAAAACCACAAAUCCUUAAUAUUUUACAACCAUUGAAUGCUAUUCAUAGUUGUUUAACUUCAUUACACUUUGAAAAAGUUGGGAUUUCUCAUAUAAAUUUGUGUGAAUCUCCACAUUUGAAAAAUAUCACUUUAGAAAAUUGCACUGAACUAAAAGCUAUCUUAUUUGACAAUCAUUCUUCAAUAGUUGAUUGUACUAAUCAACAGAAUAAUGUCGACUGCAAAGCUGUCGAUCGAUUCCCAGCACUUCGACGUAUUCGAAUUAUUAAUUGUCCAAAGUUUGCAAUCUAUAAUUUCCUAUCCAGUGUUGGUAAACUUUACCCUACACACAAUGAAAAUAUAUCUAUUACAUACAGGCCAUUUGGACAAUAUAAUACUCAGGUAGAACGAGCAUUAUGGGAUUAUUGUCAGCAUGCGCACAUACUUAUUUCACAUGACUACAAAGUUUGGGAAAGUGAACGUGCUAUGGAAGACUUUCAUUCUACGUUUGAUCAGUUGUUCAGAGAAGUGAUCAAUUUCUCUGAUAUGGUUAUUCGUCGGGACCUCCUUCCUGUGUAUCCUCAGCCCAUGGAAUAUACACAAGAUUCAUUUUAUAAACGCUGUGAACUUGAGAGGUAGGUGACUUGUUGGCUAAAACACUUGACAUUCAAUAAACAAGUCAAAGGUUCAGACCAUGCUGCAUCCAUCCCUGUGUAAGCAACUGAACAUUAUCCCGGUAAGCCAGACAAAUAAAAUGUGGCUCAAAACACGAACAUUUACUCCAUCAAUGAGAUACAUUCAUUCAUAUUAACAAGUUACAGUUGUUCUUGUGGGAGGUGGUUGGAAGCAAUCGGUACGAUUUUCAGUGACAAGAUUUUGUGCUAAUUAGCUAUUCGACAACAUGACAUAGAUGCGACAACCUAAAAUCCCUGUGAGUUUCAAAUCCACAUCACUCAGUGUUACAACUAGUCACUAUUUACCUCAAUAAUCUGUGACUUAUCUAGAGGACUGGUUUUGCAAUUGUCUUAAUGCUUUUUGUGUAUUGUUUACCCUUCAUUUUGUUAAACUUUUUUUUACCUUUCCAGGUUGUGAGUGGGAUUUUAUUACAGAUAUACCAUGGGUUCAUGAAGUAUGUUGUUCCCUUCUUAAAAAUAAUGAACUACAUCGGUCUGAUCAAGCUGAUCAACUUUAUGAAUUACUGUCGGAAUAUCAAGCAGCUUCGGAAAAUUUGAAAAUUCAACGACAUGGUGUACAUUAUCACGUGCAAUUUCGAAAUGUUCAUUCACACAUUGAUAUGUGUAAUAAUGAUUCAUCGAGUAUGGUAGACAACGAUAACUUAAAUUAUUUCUUACAGCGUAAACCUACUUCUUAUAUUAACUGGCCAUAUUCUGAAAAUAAUCUACUUUCUACCUAUCCUUCUGAUGAUGCCAAUACAAUGAAGAAUAUCUUAAAAGAAUGCCACCCAUUGUCUGUUCAGAAUAUGUCUUCAGGCAAUCGUUCACAAGCAACAAUAAUUAAACAUGAUAAUAAUAUUGAAUUUUUACCUUGGAAACGUUUAUUACUAUCACAAGAAGAAAUAUUUAAUGCUGAAUUUGUGAAUCUUGACAAAUCAUCAAGCUUAUCAUCAUUCCCUAAUAAUAUUAAACCUUUAUCUAAACAAAAUUCUUUAUCCCAUUUGUCAAAUGUCAUGAAUAAAUCAUUUUCAACGUCUGAUAAUCGUUCAAAAAAAUUUACUUCAUCUUCCACUUCGAAUUUUUCCUCCUCCUCCACGUCCCGACAACAACAAUCGUCAUCCAUAUCUUCUUCAGUAUCAACUACUACAUGUGAUCAUUCUACUUUAAUCUCUUCCUCUCGUAAACGUUCACUUCCUCCAACAAAAUUAUUUUCGAAUUCUUGUAAAAAGUUUAAGUUAAAACAGUGAUUAUCUCAUUUCAUUUAAUGGUUCGUAUGUAUGUAUGUUUGUUUGUUUGUAUGUUUGUUUGUUUCUCUGUUUUUAUGCUUGUGCGUAGACGCAUGUAUGAACUUACCUGUUUCUAACCCCUCAUUUCCUUUCUGAUUCACUCUUUCUUUAUUUAAUUAAUUAUUUGUCCUAUUUCUUAUUACACCUAUAUCUUAUAAUCUUUUCUUAUUAAAACUCUUUGUUAUCAAUUCUCUGCUCCUUAACAAACAAACACAUAAAAUUGUAUACAGUUUUUGAGUUCUCUUUCUUAUCGUAUAUAUAAUACCUUUCGUCGCACACACACAUUCAUGCACAUUCUCUUUUUAUUUGAUGACCGUCCCACUCCGCCUCUUGACAUAAUCAUGUUUAAAAUAUGUUGUACAUUGAUGAAUAAUAGUAAUAUUGUUCUUAUUAUUACUGUUACUAUUAUUAUUAAUCUCAGCCACAAUAAUAAGCUACUUGUUUAUCAAUCCGAUUUAUAUUGGACCAAAUAUAUUUUCAAAUCAUUAUAUAUA